AGCAGUUGGGGGAGGGAGAUGGAGCGAGCUGAAAAUUAUAUAUUAUAACGGUGGCGGUUGAUAGACAGCUGAUCUUUUUCCUCCAUCGAAAAGGACCCGACGAGAAAGACAAAAACACAGCCAUGCAGUUCAAAUACAGAAGGCACUGAUUUUUUUCUUCUUCUUUUAAAUAAGAUUAUCGGUGGUCCUUCAAGGGCUGGGUCCGUUACCGCUGUUGUUGGCGCAGCCGUCAGGCCAAGAUGUCUGUGGAGGAACAGGAAUAUCCCGAGGCGACUCUGGUGGCAGAGGCCGGGCCGCAGUGGUUUCGGGCAGAAUUAGAGCGACUUUCCCGGGAGCUGAGCGAGACGACGCAUGAGAAGAUCCAGGCGGCGGAAUACGGACUGGUGGUGCUCGAAGAGAAGCAGCAGCUCAAACAGCGGUACGAUGAGUUGGAAACCGAGUUCGAGACCGUUCGACAGGAACUCGACCAGCUGAAGGAGGCGUUUGGCCAGGCCCACUCCACCCACAGGAAGGUGGCAGCAGACGGCGAAAGCAGGGAGGAGUCCCUGAUCCUGGAGUCAGCCAGUAAAGAGGCGCACUACCAGCAGAUGGUCCUGGAGCUGCAGAACGAGCUGCGGUUGGCCAGGACUUCCCUCAACCGCAGCCAAUCGGAGAACGAGCGCCUGACCUCGGUUACUCUGGAGAUGAGGGAGAGUUCCGAGCUGGUGGAGUUGCAGCGGACCCAGCUGCGUGAUGACAUCAGGGAGUAUAAGGUGCGGGAGUCGCGUCUGCUGCAGGACUACAGUGAGCUGGAGGACGAGAACAUCUCCCUGCAGAAACAGGUGUCUCUGCUCCGACAGAGCCAGGUGGAGUUUGAGGGUCUGAAGCAUGAGAUCAGUCGCUUGGAGGAGGACUCCCAGUGUCUCCACAGCCAGCUGGAGGAGGCCGUGCGCCUAAGGGAGAUCGCGGAGCGCCAGCUGACCGAGGCCCUGGAGACCAUUAAGACGGAGCGCGAGCAGAAGGCGGCUCUGCGUAAGGAGCUGUCCCACUACAUGACCAUCGGGGACAACCUGCCAUUCCACAGCCCUCUGAACGUCUCCCUGGACGGACUCAAGUUCAUCGAGGAUCCCAACAACGACGACUCCAUCCAUGGCUAUGAGAACGGCCUGACCAAGACGGCUGCCGACGGCAACGAGGAUAACCGAGCCAAGCUGCGGCCUGCUCCCAGCCUGGUGGACGACCUGCUCAGUGAGCUCAACAUCUCCGAGAUCCAGAAACUCAAGCAGCAGCUCAUGCAGGUGGAGCGAGAGAAGAUGGUGCUGCUGUCCUCUUUGCAGGAGUCACAGAAACAGCUGGAGGUGGCCCACGGGACUCUCUCCGAGCAGCAGGAGACACUCGGACGUCUCACGGAGAACCUCAGCGCCAUGAGGAGACUCCAGGCCUCCAAGGAGCGUCACUCGGCCCUGGACACCGAGAAGGAGCGCGACAGCCGGGACGACGGCGACGGGGACUACUACGAGCUGGACAUCAACGGCCCGGAGAUUCUUCAGUGCAAGUACACAGUGGCCGUGUCUGAGGCGGGGGAGCUCCGGCAGGAGCUGAAGACCCUCACAGCCGAGUACCAGUCAUGCCGGAGCCAGUACGAGGAGGCGCGAGCCCGCCUGGAGAGCGACGUGGCGAGCCUGAGCGAGAAGCUGGCUUCCCUGGAGAAGAGCGGCGCGGCCGAGCGCCAGGAAAUGGCGCGCCUGGAGAAGGAGCUGCGGCGGGUGACGGAGGCGGCGGGCGAGUCCCAGGGCAGCCUGAACGUGGCGCAGGACGAGCUGGUGACGUUCAGCGAGGAGCUGGCCAACCUCUACAACCACGUGUGCAUGUGCAACAACGAGACGCCCAACCGCGUCAUGCUGGACUACUACAGAGAAGGCAGGGCCAGUGUCAGUGGCGGCGGGGGGCGGGAGGGGAAGGACCGUCGCCUGUCACAUGUUCUGCUCUCCAACGGGCUGGUCCCUGACCCCGAACCCAGUAGACCCGAAGCCAGCGAGCCGACCGGCCCGGCCCCUGGGGCCCGGUCUGAGCCCAUGAACAUCUACAACUUGGUCGCCAUCAUCCGGGACCAGAUCCGACACCUGCAGCAGGCUGUGGACCGCACCACGGAGCUGAGCCGCCAGAGACUGGCCUCCAUGGAGCUGGGCACCGGAGGGGACAAGGACAACGAGGCCUGCAUGGGGGAGAUACUCAAACUCAAGUCCCUGCUGAGCACCAAGAGAGAGCAGAUUGCCACCCUGAGGACUGUCCUCAAAGCCAACAAACAGACUGCUGAGGUGGCGUUGGCCAACCUGAAGAGUAAAUACGACAACGAGAAGACCAUGGUGACGGAGACCAUGCUCAAGCUCCGUAAUGAGCUAAAGGCCCUGAAAGAGGACGCGGCCACUUUCUCCUCUCUACGGGCCAUGUUUGCCACCAGGUGCGACGAGUACGUGACCCAGCUGGAUGACAUGCAGAGGCAGCUGGCCGCGGCGGAGGAUGAGAAGAAGACCCUGAACUCCCUGCUCCGCAUGGCCAUCCAGCAGAAGCUGGCCCUGACUCAGCGCCUGGAGGACCUGGAGUUUGACCACGAGCAGGCGCGUCGCGGUGGGGCCACGGGGGCGACGGGCGGUCGUGGCAAGACCUCCUCCUCCUCGGCACGGAGCAAAGGGGCCUCGGCUAGUCGCCACUAAUUUAAUCAAGUCCAGUGUCCUUCAAAGGUUGACAGUUACUUCAGUAUUCCCCUCGGCUGGAGACCCGUGACAGAGACUAUUUCUGAGCACAAAACACACACACACACACACUUCUGAGCCUCGCAGACACUCCACGGUCCGAGAGGCUUGGGCCCUUGAUGUGGCAGCAGGAAACCACAGAUAUUCAAAAUGAAAUGAGGUCUGUUUCUAUGGGGAUGGACCUCAUUGUGAUCCAGUCAAUCCUCCUCCAUUGUCCCCCGCUAUGCCAUGAUGACUCUGUCUGUGCCUGUUUACCCCUUGAUGACUGCGCACUUUUAAUGUCUUUAUUUCACUUUAUUUGCUUGUUGUAAUGCCACCUCAGUUAACGUGAGGUUUAUGUAAGCGAUUUGUGUUACAUUUACUGUUUGUUAAUGUUCGAUGAUUGGAAAAAUGUGUUAUUAACUUAAAUAUUUGUUGCAUUUGUCAUUACAUGUAUAACUACCGGAUUGAUUGAGAGACUUUUCAUGCAGAGCAAGCCUAUGUUGAUUCAUAUUUAUUUGUAUAUAAACGUCAGAGGCAGCCUAGUCAUAGAAACUAGAGUGACAUGCUCCAAUUUCCUCUGGGGUCAAUAUACAGUGGGCCUCCCAUGCUGACACACGUUUGCUGCAAACAUGAAGAGGAAACUCUUGAUUGGAAUCAGUUCUUUCUCUCGCUCUCUCUCUGUUUAAAUUUUGUCCAAUAUUAAUAAUGUAAUUGAAAAACAAAUUAAUAAGAGCAGCAGGAUCAAGAAUGCUUUCCGUUGCCUUAUUCAUCAACCAUCUGCCUCGGGUUCAAUACUAUUGCCUUUCUGUCCACAGAAGAAAAGCUAGACUUAGUGUUAUGUGUUUUGUCUUUGAGUUGAGAGAUGGUUUGACCCAAGUCAAUAUCAGAUAGAGGAAAACAAUAGGAGCUGUGGUGAAUUCUGUGAAGUGAUUCUGUGAUCCUGUAAGCUUGCAGAAUUGCAAAUUCAGGGGCUGUUAAACCUUAUCAGAAAGUGUUGGUACCAUAACUGUCAACUUUGGCUGCAUAGAUAGAGGGGUUCAGCCAGUUUGACAGCCAGUUUGACUGCCAGUGGGAGGGAUUACUAAUGCAAGUACUUAUUUAUACUACUUUUGUACGGUAAAGAUCCAUUAAUGUCAAUUGACAUGCAUACAUUGACUACAUAGGAGAGUUUUUCAAUUGUCUGUUUUAAUGCAAUUUUAUAAACCCUUUUAACGUCCGCUAAAAGCCUUGUUGGGAUUUCAGCAAAGAGAAGCUGAGUCGUCAGGACAUCUGCAGUGUCAUUUAAUGAACAGGUCGAUCUACGCAUAAAGAAAAUAUGUUGGAGAUUCUCUUUUUUUACAAGUGCAAUUUGAAGGCAGUAUCUAUGUGGAGAUGCAGUAUUACAUUCUCUGACUGAAUGCUUGAUGAUGCUGUUACCUUUUUACUACUACUCCCACUCACCAUCUUGAUAUUUUUUUAAGUUUUAUACCUUUGUACUAAAUAAUCUCACUUGUCUACAUGUCUUGUUGUUGGUCAUUUAUGUGGACUGUGUUUAGAGGCAUAUUUUGAUGUUAUCUUCCAUCAUGUCCUCUUUAAGAGGCUUUGGGUGGUAGAUUAAUGAUUUGCUCAAUAGAAGUCAUAGCCUACCUGGGUUAUGAUGAGGAUGUGGGACUGAAAAUGUUAGUCUUAUUCUGCCUGAAAGAAUUCCUAAUGGCCAAAUAAACUGAAUUUCAGUCAUAA